AUGGCGCCUUUGGUGAACGGCUGGUGCAACAUCCAUGAUGAGGAAAACAUCGCAGUGUGGAAAUACCACCAUAAAGCAUCUUCCCGCCGAGACGAAUGGUUGAUCAUGCGCAAGAACCCGGAGUUCCAGGAUCCAGAGUUCACAGUCGGAGGCGACGUCGGGUUCAUCCGCCGCACUACUAAGAGAAAGAAUAUUGCCUUUGGCACGCAGGGCCAGUUCUUCAUGAAGAGCAACUUCAUCGCUCUUCGGAACUUUGCUUGUUGCUCUGACCCUGGAGUUCGCCAAUGGGAUCUGAACUUCUCCCAAAACUCAGAUAGUGGCUUCACGUCAAUCGACUACAGUGGUCGUAACCAAAUCGUCCGGAACAUGACCCUGAUCAGUCCAACUAUGGACAAAUGGCUGUCCAUUGUGGACGCGUUCAAUCGAUUGGACUUUGCACUGCUUGAUGCUCCACGACCUGAGAGGUGGCUUGCCAUUGGCAAUGAUGGUGAUGGGCAAUUGGCUUUGGAGGACACGCCAGUGCCAUUGAAGCCCAUUGCUGCUGAUGAUGAUGAUUGGCUGGCUUUGGGUGACAAUGAUGGUGAUGGGCAAUUGGCUUUGGAGGAUGCGCCAGUGCCAUUGAAGUCCAUUGCUGAUGAUGGUGAUGGGCAGAAAGCUUCGGAAGAUGAAGGUCGUGCGCCAGUGCCAUCGAAGGCACAGAAAGAUGAGCUUCCUGAGCUAGUGCCAUCAAAGGCAGAGGAUGAUGAAGGUACUGAGCCAGGUUACACCAAAGAUGGA